AUGUCCACAUCUCAAAAAAAUACACCUUCAAAGGGUGAUACAACGCCGGCCGCUGCUGCCCCAGAAAAGAUGGAAGUCGAAGAAGCUCUCGACGAGGAGAUCCUUCGUAUGGCUCCUGAGGAUCUCAAAAGCCGAACUCACUUGCUGGAUAAUGAGAUACGCAUAAUGAGAAGCGAAGUGCAACGAAUCAAUCACUCCGUUUCUACUUUGAAGGAACGCAUCAAGGAGAACAAUGAACGAAUCAAGGUAAAUAAAACACUUCCAUACCUAGUCUCAAACGUUGUGGAACUUCUCGAUUUGGAAGACAAUCAAGAGGAAGAAGGUAAAAUCAUGGUACUUUUCUCACGAUGGAAUAACUUUUUUUACUCUUUGCAAAGUAAUUUAAUCAAACUAACUACUACUCUCAGCAACAGUUCGUGA